CUCUGCGCACAGACACCAAGGAGAGCUCCCAGCGCCGAGCCCAGGGGCGGCAGCAGUAGGAGGAGGCUGGCUGGCUGGACUAGUAACUGGCAACUAUUGUGUGCAGCCACAAGCCCAGGCUAUCGCGAGAGUGUCUUCUUACCAACCUGCUCCAACAAACACAGCGCUGCUAGGCUGCCACACUAACACAGCCACCCAGGGAGGGGACAACAGCACGGCCACAUCUGGGGACAUCCAUGAAGACCCAUGAACCCCUCAAACUCUGGCCUUUCAAGCACACCCCAGCUCCUGCCUGUUAUGAAGGAAGAAUGGAGUUCCCAGACCAUAGCCGCCAGUUGCUGCAGUGUCUGAGUCAGCAGCGUCACCAGGGCUUCCUGUGUGACUGCACUGUUCUCGUUGGAGAGGCUCAAUUCCGAGCACACCGAGCUGUCCUUGCGUCCUGUAGCAUGUACUUCCAUCUUUUCUACAGAGACCAGCUAGACAAAAGGGAUAUUGUGCAUUUAAACAGUGACAUUGUCACGGCCCCAGCAUUUAGCCUGCUGCUUCAAUUCAUGUACGAGGGCAAGCUCGAGUUGAGCAACCAUCCAGUAGAAGAUGUGUUGGCAGCUGCGAGCUAUCUCCACAUGUAUGACAUUGUGAAAGUCUGCAAGGGCAAGCUAAAAGAUAAAGAACUUAAUUCAGGAGAAAAGAUCGGUGGCGAAGAAUCUGAUCUGGAGAAAGAGGAUAGAUUGUUAGAUAUGGAUGGAAGCCCAGGCCAUGCCUUGGACCCCAGCAGUAAACAAAAUACGUCCAGCACAGAAUAUGCUAAACCUGUUCGGAAAGAAAACGCCAGCGAGCUUCCUGCUUGGUCCUCUGAACUGAUAGGUGCCAACUCGGUGUCUACAGAGGCGGUGUCAUGCAAGACAGCAGCUGGAAAAACAAAAGCCGAUGUGAAUAGCCCUUCGUGCCCUUUGUCCCAGAGAUCUGCUAACCAUACACAAGCUCCAAGUGAUGGGGAUUGUGCUCUGGAUUUGUCUUUCAAGCCUGUGUCUGGGAGAGAUUCCUUACACCCCUCCUACGUCUUUGGACAGCUGGCUUCCGACAGCCAGCAGCACGGCACUGUGCCACUUGUUAAGGAUGAACAAGACUUGCUGUCAGAACAGGAGGACAUUGAUGCAAAGAGUCCAAAAAGUCAACAUGUUGGGAAUCCGGCCAAAAGUCUAAUGACUGGGUUAGGGCAGAUGUUUGCAGGAAAUGGGAAUUCUCACGUUCGGGAAGAUGACUUGUACCAAGACCGAGAUGAGAGUGAAGAUGACAUGGAUUCAUCAGAUAUUUCUGCUUCAGGUGUGCUGGUGGCCCCAGGGCAAAUUUGCAUAUGUCCUCUUUGCAGCAAAGUGUUCCCAAGUCCGCACGUUUUGCAACUUCAUCUCAGUUCUCAUUUCAGAGACCGUGACGGUUCUAGGAUCAAGAUGUCUCCUGAUGGUUCUGUGCCCACCUGUACUAUAUGUGGGAAAACGUUCUCCUGUAUGUACACUUUAAAAAGACACGAACGCACGCACUCUGGCGAAAAGCCGUACACGUGUGGGCAGUGUGGGAAAAGUUUUCAGUAUUCCCAUAAUCUCAGCCGGCACGCAGUGGUCCACACCAGAGAGAAACCACACGCGUGCAAAUGGUGCGAGAGACGGUUCACUCAGUCAGGUGACCUGUACAGACACAUUCGUAAGUUUCACUGUGGCCUAGUCAAGUCAUUGGUUGUUUAACAUUUAUAUUAUUUAGGUUUAUUUAAAACUGACAAUUUUUGGAACUGCAUGAAAUGUCCCAGUGCAACAAAUCAAGAUGCUGAAAUGUCAAUGCACUUGCAGCUGUCUUCUCAAAGCAAACACAAUAUACCGGGUAAAUGCGUGCAUGAUGUAACAGUAUUUGCCAGGAUGUUUGGAACCCCCGAAUAUGGCAAUUGGCCAUAAAUAAAUUUGGAUGGGAAUUUAUGUAGAGAACUUGGGCUUUAUUUACUAAACAGCUCGUGUGAAUUGAAAACUAAACUUCAAAAUGUAGGAGAACACAGCCAAGCUGAGGGUAUAGUUACAUUGGAGACUACUGUGCAGUUUGAUUUUCAAUUUGCUACAAUUCAUUGUUUAGUUAAUAAACCCCUAAGUCUCACUUUUCAAACUGUACUUUUUUUCUCUUUUCGUGUCUGACUUCUCCAAUGCCUCUUGCUCACCUGCCUAGGAAUCUCUAAUUAUUUAAACUUGCAAAAGUCUUUUAAAAUUGCAUUAAAUGCAAGUAAACUGGAUAGAAACCGACUCCUGGCGUGUCCCUUAAUGUCAGAAAUAAAACUUUAAAAAAAAACAACAACCAUCGAGAAACUACUCCCAAACGAAAGCACUAUUCUUUUGUUAAAAAAAACUACCUAUACCCCAGGGUGUCUGUUACCUUUUCAGAAAUCUGAAAUUAAGCAGCUACUUAAAAUUCAGCAAUUAUACCCAUCUGCGCUUUUCAUUUAAAACAUUACCAGAUGCAAAUUAACGUUUCACCUUUACGUAUUUAAGAUGAAGUAUAAAACUCAUUGUGCUGUAUUUGUACAGUGCCCAUUUGAAGUCUCCUGAAAUGACUUUGUAAAAUGAAGUUCUAAUUUAAGUGCUAAUUACUAUUUGUGUUAAAUACUGAUAUUACAGUACUUUUAUUUAGGUUUUUGUACCCAAAAUCAAUCGAAUUACUAUGAAGUAUUCGUUUUUGAAGAAGACUGGCAUUUAUUUAUUUUUCUUUAAAGUUAAUAUAAUAGAAAGUACCAUCUGAGACGAAUAGAUUUCGUAUUCUUUGAUAGAAGCAGUAAUCUCAUCCGAACUGUGAAAUUCUUUGACCUCCAAGCGAGAAUUGACACUGUCUGCAUAUUAACAAACAUUACCACAUAAUGAUUCUGUUACUAUCCACUCAGGGCACAAUCUGCUGUCAAUGUUUAACAGAACUGCUACGUUAAACGUCUUGAAUACUUCCGGAUUAUGGCAUCCCACAGUAAACCCACAAAUUAGGCUCUGUGUGAUUUAAACCCAAUUUAAUGAAUUUGGGGGGGGAGGAGGUGAAAUAAACGUUGAAUCCCAUUAAUAUCUAAAGCACUACAUUUUAUUUCUCAAUGCCAAUAUCCUGUAGAGGUUAUAUAACUAAGCAACCCAGAAUUAUUUUAAGAAACAUAGUACUACUAAUUACAAAACACUAUCAAAGUUUUCAUGAAACCUGUAUCCAAAGGUUUAAUACUAAAAUACCCAGCAUGCACUUCUGAUAUUCUUUUCAUAAGUGGUUUCUGAAUAUUGCUUGGACCUAUACUGUAUGCAUUUCUACAGGGAGGGGAGAUGUCCUAUAUGGAAGUAAAUAAGGCCUCCCCCCAAUACUCUACAGACAUUUAUGUAAUGUAAAAAAAAUGAUCUGUAGAAUACAAUCUUGUUUCUUCACCACAUUGUAAAAUAUUU